CCCAUAUUUUUAAUUAACAUCAAAUUACUAGCAACGUCCCUUUUUGUCCUAAAUAUUAUGAAUGGGUACCAAAACGAAAUCCCGCGCGCAUUUGCCAUAUCUAUUUCGCUCGCGCCGUCGUGCGGCCUCGCCUCCCCGGCAGCAAACCUUCCUGAUCGAUUCUCCUCCACGCUUCCAAGCAGUCAGUUCCAGUGUCUCCGGCGGCGACGGCGACGGCGCCCGUGGUUCUACCCAUUCGGCCAUAGCCUCGCGAACUGCAGCCAAGCCAUAUUCUAUUCCCGCUCAUUCGCUUUACUCUUCUCCGUUCCCGCCCUUCCGAAUGCUGCAGUGUCUUUCCUUCAAGUCCUCAGCCUCAGCCUCCACCUCCGCCUCCGCAGCCGCUUCCUCUCCUCCUCCUCCAACCAUCAAUCUCUGCGAUCCCCCUCUGCCACCGCUUUCCCCAGGUACCUCCACCAACGGUGCUUCCCCGACAAGCACUCUCACAUCCCCGGCCGGAAACCUCACCAGAGAAUACACCUUCGCCGUCCAGACCGAUUCCUACAAAGAACUAUGGUCCAGAAUCCACAUCCCCGACGAUUACCACCACAGCCACCAGAUUGAACUCGAAGAGGACCAUCUCCUCAUGGCUCAAGUUCUCCACCCGGACGGAGACAGCGUCGCCGAGGCUCUCCGCCACGCCAAACCCUCUACAUUAACCCGCCUCGUCUCCGCCUACUUCACCCACAGCGAGGAAACCACCCGCCUCUGCCUCCUCCUCCACCGCAGCGUCCACCGCGCUCGCGCCAUGUACCACCCUCUCCACCGCCUCCUCCAAGUCCUCCCCCUCAACCACCACCUCAGCGGAUCACAAUGCGACGCCGCCUUCGACGCCUUCCUCCACUUCGACAAAUUCCACAACCCUUUCCCUCCGCCGGGCUCCCACAACUUCCAGGAGAUGCGGCAGUGCUUCUCCCAGCUCCGACAUAAGCUGAACCAGCGGCUCCACAAGUCCCGCUCCAGAAUCCGCCUCGCCCGUCGAGCCACCCUGGCUUCCGCCCUCUGCGUCGUAGGCUCGACCGUGGCGAUUGCUGCAUCAGCUGUGGUGAUCGCCACUCAUGCCCUGGCUGCAAUUGUAGCAUGCCCGUUCUGCACCACUGCAGCGUACCUCCCUGCCAACAACAACUUCUUGACCAGGAAAGAGGCUGCCCACGUAAAGCAGCUGGAUGCUGCUGCUAGAGGAGCUUACGUGCUGAACAACGAUCUCGACACGAUUGAUCGGCUGGUGGCGCGGCUGUAUGAUGCGGUGGAGAGUGAUAGGUACUUGAUACGCCUGGGGUUGGAGAGAGGGAAGGAAGUGUACACUGUGACGGAGGUGAUGAAGCAGGUGCAGAGGAACCAGGUGAACAUGAUGCAUCAGCUGGGUGAUCUCGAGGAACACAUAUGUCUUUGCUUCAAUGCUGUGAAUAGGGCGAGGUCGUUGCUGCUUCAGGAAAUCCAUCUCUAUCAAACUCCAUCCUCAUAACUACCUAUCCCAUCCCAUGUUGCUCAAUUGAGGUAAUCUCUCCUUCUGGUCACUUCUUUCUAUUGCAUUCUAGUUUAACGAUCUUGUGGCCUUUAGGGAGCUUUUGCUUGGCUGCACUGUAACUUGUAGAUUAAUGUUGGUUGAUGAUUGGAGUCGAGAGGCAAUGUAGCCGAGCCCAUGAAACUCAACAACAGGAGGAAGUGUUCGUUUAUGUCUGUACAUUGCUCCAAUUAUGGUUUGUAGAUGUGUUUGUAAAACCGUAUCGUGUCGGCAGUCCGAUCGGGAAAACUUCCUAUCGGAGUCUAAAUCAGUAGACGGUUUUUAUCGGUAUGAAAUGGUUGAACAACAAUUUUAGCAUAAAGAUCUUACCGCUAA